UGCACAUCUGGACGUCCUCACAGGGCACACGAGGCUCCCGUGAAGGCAUCAGUGGCUCUUAGCUACAAGGGAUAGAUCAACAACAUACUGACCCGGCCGUUUGCAAAAGCGGAGAUGUCGAGAGAGAGGAACAUGUGGGAGCCGCAGGGGGCUUCAUCUCUCCAAGUGGAAGCCGAGGGAGCGAGACGCGGCACUGACUGAGGGGCCAUGCGAUCUCCCUUCCUGGCUCAAAGAAGAUCCCGCAGCUGUUUUGGAUGCACUCCCUGAAUUUGAGACCGGAUUAAAGAAUGGCGCAAGUUUUGCGUAUGGAGACUGGCUUCCCAGGGAAAGCCAACCCCGCCUCCGCUACGUCCUUUCAUGGGAAGGAUCCAGAUGUGCACUAUUCGGUGGAGACCCCCUACGGCUACCGCCUGGACCUGGACUUUCUCAAAUAUGUGGAUGACAUUGAGAAAGGCAACACCAUCAAGCGCAUUCCGGUCCACCGCCGACCACGGUACAGCUCAUUGCCGCGGGGUUAUGGCUACACCGGCUCUUGGUGGACGUCCACGGAGUCGCUCUGCUCCAACGCCAGCAUGGACAGUCAGCACUCCUCCUAUUCGUAUUGCGGACGCAGCUUCUACCCACAGUACAGCCAUGCCAUGUCGAGCAACUUCAAUGCCCGUGUGGAGAAGACCUUGCUGGACGCCAGGAAGAAGCUGGAAGACCAAGCGGGCUCCGGCGAGGAGGACAGGCCCAGGGCCAGUGGCCUCCGAAGCCUGAGCCACAGCAGCAUCUCCGGAUCCACCAGCUCCCUGGUGGGAAACCCAAGCCUCUCCCGCCAGGCUUCCCACAACGGUUCGCAGCAGGGUGCCCCUGGACAGUUCACACCUGUCGGCUCCGGGCUGUCCACCCCGGUCUCACCGACCCCGGGACACCUGCAGCACGUCCGGGAGCAGAUGGCGGUGGCCCUGAGGAAGCUGCGCCUGCUGGAGGAGCAGGUGAAGAUGGUGCCGGUGCUCCAGGUGAAGGUCUCCGUGCUCCAGGAGGAGAAGCGGCAGCUGAGCGUCCAGCUGAAGAGCCAGAAGUUCCUGGGCCACCCGGGGGGGCCCCUCGGCAGGGGCAGGUCCAGGGGGGAGCUCUACAUAGACAUCCCGGAGGAAGGGGCAGGGGGGGGGAAGGCGGAGGAGGGCGCAGGCGGGAAGGAGGUGAGGUCGGUGGCUGUGGGGAGGUCGGCCGAAGAGGCAGAGGGCGGGAAGUGUGACGUGGCGGUGGCCGUCCGGGAGGAGGAGCUGGGCUGGCCUUCCCUGGAGGAGGCCGAGCGGCAGAGCCCGGCCACGCACGCCCUGUCAGCCAAGGUCGCGGUGCUGGAAAGGCAGCUGGAGAGGGCGCUCCAAGAGCUCCAGGCCGCCCAGCGGAACACGGAGCAUCGGGGCAAGGAGAAGGAGGACAAGUGGACGUCCACGGGGAACGGGAGCGGCCCGGCAGAAUGGGGGGCGGGGGGAGCGGGUGCAGAGCAGCGGGACGAAGGGCCCCCCCAGAGGCACCGGGAGGCCUCCGUUGGCCAGAAUGUGGCUGAGGUGGUCCAGGGGGAAAGCGAGCCAGAGGUGGUCACCAGCACGGCCACAGGGCCAGGCCACAGGCCAUGGGAGGAGGCACGCCGCCUGGAGACGGAAGAGUCCGGUACCAGCCCCAGACCCUUGGCGGGCAGAGACCCGGGGGCCCAGGGAGCCACGAUGCCCCUCCGCUCCACGUAUCACAGUGAAGAGGUGAUGGAGACCACGUUCCCCACCCACGCCGGCCCUGCGAACGCAACGACCACGUUCCAUUCUGUGAAAAAGAUCAGCAUCAUCAGCACAGAGGAGGACCGGACGGGGAAGCCGGAGACAGCUGCAUGCACAGCGGGGGUCCGAUCGGUCACGGAGGAGGAGGUGAAGGAGCCCACGGGCCUCCCUGGCAGCCAGAAGCACUUGCAGUCGGUGGGCGUCAACGGCGGGUACGGCAAAGCCCUCCUCCCUGCAGUACGACCCAAUGGGAGGCUUUUCAGGUACGAGUCCCCCUCCUCCUCCUCUGAAGACUCCAGCACAGCAGAGAACGUCUCGGACAACGAGAGCACGGAGAGCGAAUACCACGAGGCGAGUGACGGGCUCCUUGCAGGGCAGGCGUCUGCGGCUGAGCCCCCCACGGCACCCCCGACAGCCACGGAGACGGCUCGUUCAGGAGCACCCGCUGAAGGGGAAGGAAGACUCAUGGCUAAAAGCAAGGAGCAAGCAGACGAUCCUGGGAAGGGGCUCAGCCAGGAACUGCGCUCCGCCUGUCAAGCCCUGCAGAAAUACCUGGAGAGCCCUGAGGAGGCGCACAUGGAGGAAGCAACGAGGCUGGCGUACACGGCCGUGCUCCACUCCUGGCUGAGGCUCUCCUGCCACAAAGAAGCCAGCCCGGAAGGGGUCUCCCUGCACUUGGCUGCUUUCCAGGCCAUCUCCCCCCAGCUGCUGGAGUUCGUGAUCAAUAUGGCGGACGCCAACGGCAACACGGCGCUCCACUACACCGUCUCCCACUCCAACUUCCCCGUGGUCGCCGAGCUGCUCAGGACCGGGGUGUGUCACGUGGACCAGCAGAACAAGGCUGGCUACACGGCCAUCAUGCUGACGGCGCUGGCUGCCACGCGCUCGGAGAGGGACAUGGAGACCAUCAUGGAGCUCUUGGAAAGGGGCAACGUGAACGCCAAAGCCAGCCAGGCUGGGCAGACGGCCCUGAUGCUGGCCGUCAGCCACGGGCGUCAGGACAUGGUGCGCGCCCUUCUGGCCAGCAGAGCAGACGUCAAUGUGCAAGACGAUGACGGGUCCACGGCGCUGAUGUGCGCCUGUGAGCAUGGCCACGCUGAGAUUGUCCGCCUGCUGCUGGCCACCGUGGGCUGUGACGUCACCCUGGCAGACCAGGACGGCAGCACAGCUCUUUCCAUCGCCCUGGAGGCAGGGCAGAGCGACAUAGCCCUCAUGCUCCACGCGCACCUGAACAGACCCACCUCUCCGGGGACUUCGAAAGAAGAGGGGCCCGGAGAGGCCACGGAGAGGGCCCGCGAUGAUGCUCAGUAGCGCAGGCCGGCCUGGCAGAACUUCUCUUGAGUGCCAGGGAGAGGUUUCUCCCACUCUGCUUGGAGGAGAAGGGCUUGCGAGCCGCUCAAGAAGCAAGGAGGCAGACCCCUCCUGGUACGUCCCGCAGGUGCGCUGGGUUCCUGAGGACAGCUGUGGUCUCCUGGCCUUCCCCCACCCCCCAC